CCACGUGAGGCUGAGACACAUGCGUCGCACGCCUCCACAGCCUCCCCUAGCCAUCUGAGCGGCGUAGAGGCGAGGAGAUAUAUGCUGAAAUGCGAGAGCAACGGGGAGGAUGGAGAUGCACGGAGGCGAUGAUACGGGAGGACAAGGAAUGAAGGUGUGGGCUGGCGUGAGUCUGGUCCUGUGGGUGGCGGUGGCGGCAACUCGGGCCGCUGUGGUACCGACGGAAUCCAGCGCGCCGGAGUUCCAGUGGAAGCACCACAGCAACCAAGAGGUGGAAGCGGUGCUGCGGCAGGUGGUGAGUCGUUGCCCUGACGUGACGCGCCUCUACGCCCUCAGCGAGCCCUCCGUCAGGAACGUGCCUCUCUGGGUACUGGAACUCUCCGACAACCCGGGCCAUCAUGAGCUGCUGGAGCCUGAGUUCAAGUACGUGGCCAACAUGCACGGCAACGAGGUGGUGGGGCGCGAGCUGCUGCUCAAGCUGGCCCACCACCUGUGUGAGGGCUGGCGCUCCGGGGACCAGGACAUCAGGAACUUGCUCGCCACCACGCGCAUCCACCUGCUGCCCUCCAUGAACCCCGACGGCUGGCAGAAGGCGACGGACACGGGCGCAACUGACUACCUGGCGGGGCGCACCAACAACAACAGUGUGGACCUGAAUCGAGACUUCCCAGACCUGGACACCAUCAUGUUCAUCAACGAGGCGCGACACUCCCGCUUCAACAACCACCUCAUGGAGCAGCUCAGCCACUUAGAUUACCAGCCCCAGCCGGAGACGUGGGCGGUGAUGAAGUGGAUCAUGAGCACGCCCUUCGUCCUGUCCGCCAACUUCCACGGUGGGGACCUGGUGGCCAACUACCCCUACGACGCCUCGCGCUCCGGCGCCGCCCACGAGUACGCCAACAGCCCCGACGACCAGACCUUCAGGCACUUGGCUCGCGUUUACGCCACCCACCACCCUGAGAUGGCAGACCCCACCCACCCGGCCUGCUUUCCCGGGGAUAACCACUUCGGUGACAAGGGCGGCGUGACCAACGGGGCGGCGUGGUACAGCGUGCAGGGAGGUAUGCAGGACUUCAAUUACCUGGCUUCCAACGACAUGGAGGUGACGCUGGAGGUGGGGUGUGAGAAGUACCCGCCAGGCUCUGCCCUGAAGCAGGAGUGGGACAAGAACAAGGACGCCAUGAUGGAGUACUUGUGGCAGGUCCACACGGGCAUCAAGGGCGUGGUGCGGGACGCUAUCACUCAGCAGGGCCUCCCCAGCGCUGUUAUCCACGUGAAGAAUGUCACCCGCAUCAACGACACCCACGUGAGGGACGACCACAUCAACCACGACGUGACCUCCGCCGGCAAUGGGGAGUACUGGCGUCUGCUGGUGCCGGGGGCAUACGAGGUGACGGCGGAGGCAGAGGGCCACCUGCCGCUCACCCACGUGGCCACCAUCACCAACACCCCGCGCCGCGAAGCCUUCAGACGGGACUUCGACCUCAGCCCCAUCCUGGACGACGACUUUCUGCAGGAGCUCUCCAGAGGGCAGGAGGUGGACCGAGCCUACGAGGAAGGGAGGUACAGCGACGACUCCCCCAUGGACGACCUCCCCCUCGAACAGGACCUUCUUGGACGCUUCCGAGGGUUGGGGAACAUGAGAUACUAGGACACCACGCCCCUUGCACGCCACCAGCCAGCCACUCCCUCCUCCAGCCAGCCAGCCACACCCAGACACUGCUGCUAUCACUAAAUGCUUCCCUUAUGUGACCUUUUCUCUCUCUCUCUCUCUCUCUCUCUCUCUCUCUCUCUCUCUCUCUCUCUCUCUCUCUCUCUCUCUCUCUCUCUCUCUCUCUCUCUCUCUCUGAAGGACAGCUGGAGGAGACGUUGUGUAGGAUUCCUUAUAGAAAACUAUCAAAGGAUCCUAGUGCGGCGAGAGGAGGAGAAUGGCGCGGAGAGGUGAUGAUGGCGCGUCGUGAGGAGGAUGUAAUGCAAGCUUAGGCCAUAUUCUGAAACACUUCUGCGCCGCACCUCCACUAUAUUCGAAAGUGACAUGAGUUUUAAGAGUAUUUUUUGUGGUUCUUGUGAUAGAUUAAUAAGUUUUCAACAUUAUUGACAGGAGAAACACGCUUCAGAAUCCGGUUAAUCAUCUCUGUGGCCUUUGAAGAUAGUCUUAGUGAGAGAGCAAAGCGUUUCAGAAUACGUCCUAUUUAAUUGUGAGGCGCGACAAGAGUAGGAGGCUGGCACAGUGAGCCGUGUAGCGCCUUUACAGUAUUACAUCUCAUGGAGGAACCUGCAAACAGCCGAGCAAGGCAGCGGGGUUGUACCAGCAUCGACACAACCACCACCACCGCUAUUAACAGUAGUUGGUAGUUGGAGUAAUAGUAGUUGUAGUAGUAGUAACAGUAGUAGUGGCAGUUGUGGUGGUGGUGUUGGUCAUGGGUACAGACAAAUAAUUGUAAUAACGCGGUAUUUCACUGAUUCACAUUUACCCUCGUCUAUCUUUUUAGCAGAUAAUAUUUUUGUUUAGUUACGAGAUAGCGACUCAGACUUACUAUUCGCAUAAUUAUUGAAGUUGUUUAAUUCAGAGUUUAUAGCAUGACUAGUUCGCAGGUUUUAUCGAUGACUUUGAACUACACCAACUUUGUACAGUGAGCGAAUACAUACAAAGCGAGU